CCUUGCCAUCAAAACAUGCAGUAAAUUUGUCAUUUUAGUACUCUACAGCUGUUUCAGAACAAAAGAUAGCAAAUGCUGACCAGUUUUGACUCUUCCCGGUUGUUUUUCUUGGGUUAGCCUUAGUCUGUUUACCAGUGGUAAUUUUUUUGUCAGGCUGAGAUGUUUAAAAUUGAGUGGAAAACCUAGGUAGUUUGUAUUAAAAUAUUAAUGUGUGCAGCCCUGAUUGCAUAUUUGUUAAACUGUUGAACUUCAGGUUCAAGUACAGUCACUGGUGCAAUCUUGGGAACAAGUUGAGAAUUUAAUUCAUUUAGCAGGAGCUUUUCUUCACAGCAACAUACCUCUUACAAAAAGUACAAUUUGUGCACUCAGUAAUGUGGAGUAAUACUAAUGUGCUUGUGACCCCAUGCCGAGGUGUAAGGGUACAACAUGGAGGCCGGCCGCUACGAGGUCCUGGCUGCUGUGGGUGAGGGCGCCUCCAGACGCGUGUUCAAGGCACGCGAGACCGGCGGCUGCCAGCGCCUCGUGGCCCUCAAGAAGGUCAGGGUCCUCGAGCAGAUGGAGGAAGGCGUGCCUGCCUUCGUGAUCCGUGAGGUGGGACUGCUGCGCAAGUUGGAGGCCUUCGACCACCCCAACGUGGUCAAGUUAUUAGAUGUUUCAGUUGAAGUCCAAAAUCAGACCUCAGAGCUGACUUUAGUGUUUGAAUAUGUUGAUCAAGAUUUGUGUGCAUUUCUUGCCUCGGUAGCAGAGACUGGUCUCAGCAGGUGGAAAAUUAAGGACAUAAUGUUACAGCUGCUGCGAGGCCUCGACUUCCUUCACACCAACAUGCUGGUGCACCGGGACCUGAAACCGCAAAAUGUGCUGGUCAGCAGCCACAGUGAGAUCAAGAUUGCGGAUUUUGGUCUGGCGCGGGUCUACAGCCACCACAUGGCUCUCACGCCCAUCGUGGUGACCCUGUGGUACAGAGCUCCGGAGGUCCUGCUACACUCCGGCUACAUGUCCUCCGUGGACAUGUGGAGCACUGGCUGCAUCUUCGCUGAGCUCUUCCUCCUCAGACCCUUGUUUUGCGGCUAUUCUGACAUACAGCAGCUCCAGAAAAUCAUAGAUGUGAUCGGCCUGCCUGCACAGGAGGACUGGCCUACCGAGAGCCCCAUCCCGUACCCUGCCAACUGGAAGAGUGGUAAUACCUUAAAUCAGCUGCUGCCGAACUUGCACCAGGAAGAGAGGGACUUGCUCUUGAAUUCACAGCCCGUUCCUGCCAGGGUGUGAUGGGGGGAACCAGUUUAAAGGCAGCUGGAAUACCUCACUAGCCCAGCGCUGUGAGAAAAGGCUAAAUUGGUAACAGUCCAUUUGAUCGAGGGCCUAAGUUCUGGACUGGAGAUCCUGAUGUACUGUAAGCCACGAGAAGCAGGCUUGAGGACCACUGCAGGGAUACAGGUUUCUUUGCAGGGGUGUGUUGGAACAGGGGAUUGACUGUGUUUUGUCGGUGUGCCCACAGCAGUUUCUGGCCUUUAACCCAUCCAAGCGUGUCUCAGCCUUUGAGGCUUUGAGACACACCUUCCUGGCUGAGCAGUAGCACCGCUACCCAGGGACCCUAUAGCUGCUGAAGAGCUGGCGGAAUAACGGUUAAUUCACGGCGGUACCUUCGCUCGAAGGAGAUGAGGACUGUUGCCAGUUGUUCACUUCAAUAAAAGUGUUAUUUCCUUU